UGGGCAGAGAGCAGGAGCGAGGGCGCUUGGGAGAAGCCUCGCCCAACGGCGAUAGAUUAGUCAGGCCUCAGAAAGAUGGCGUCCUCGGAGCAGGCUGAGCAGCCGAGCCAGCCAAGCUCUGCUCCAGGAAGUGAAAAUGUGGUGCCUCGAGAGCCACUGAUUGCCACAGCAGUGAAGUUUCUACAGAAUUCUCGGGUCCGCCAGAGCCCACUUGCAACCAGGAGAGCGUUCCUUAAGAAGAAAGGGCUGACAGAUGAAGAGAUCGAUUUGGCUUUCCAACAGUCAGGCACGGCUGCCGAUGAGCCUGCGUCCUUGGGCCCAGCCACACAGGUGGUUCCUGUCCAGCCCCCUCACCUCAUUUCGCAGCCAUACAGCCCUGCAGGCUCCCGGUGGAGAGACUACAGCGCCUUGGCCAUCAUCAUGGCAGGGAUCGCGUUUGGCUUUCACCAGCUCUACAAGAAGUACCUGCUCCCCCUCAUCACGGGUGGCCGGGAGGACCGGAAGCAGCUGGAGCGGAUGGAGGCGAGUCUGUCGGAGCUGAGUGGCAGCGUGGCCCAGACAGUGACUCAGUUACAGAUGACCCUCGCCUCAGUCCAGGAGCUGCUGAUUCAGCAGCAGCAAAAAGUCCAGGAGUUGGCCCAUGAACUGGCCACAGCCAAGGCCACCACGUCCACCAACUGGAUCCUGGAGUCCCAGAACAUCAAUGAACUCAAGUCGGAAAUUAACUCCUUGAAGGGGCUUCUUUUGAAUCGGAGGCAGUUCCCGCCCUCCCCGUCGGCCCCGAAGAUCCCCUCCUGGCAGAUCCCCGUCAAGUCGCCCUCGCCCUCCAGCCCCGCGGCGGUGAACCACCACAGCAGCAGCGACAUCUCGCCCGUCAGCAAUGAGUCCACGUCGUCCUCGCCCGUGAAGGAGGGCCACAGCCCCGAGGGCUCCACGGCCACGUACCACCUGCUGGGCCCCCAGGAGGAGGGCGAGGGGGUGGUGGACGUCAAGGGCCAGGUGAGGAUGGAGGUGCAGGGCGAGGAGGAGAAGAGGGAGGACGAGGAGGACGAGGAGGACGAGGACGUGAGCCGCGUGGACGAGGAGGACUGCCUGGGGGUGCAGAGGGAGGACCGCCGGGGUGGGGACGGGCAGAUCAAUGAGCAGGUGGAGAAGCUGCGGCGGCCCGAGGGUGCCAGCAACGAGAGCGAGCGGGACUAGGCGGUAUGGGGGCGGGGCCCGGGGCGGGGCGGGGCCCAGGGGCGGGGCGGGGCGGGGCCUUGAGCCGGGCAGGCAGAGCCUGGCCACCCAGACCGCCCCGGUCAGACAGGCCUCUGACCUUGAUCUCAUUCAGGUCGAGGGCUCCGAACUCUCUGGGCUCAAGCCCCUCAGCCCCCUCCCAGACAGACGUCCGGUCCAGGGGCUCCAGCUGAGCGUCUUAGCCAACCUAACACCGUGCAUGACAAGAGGUAGUUUUAUUACCUGACUCCUGA